AUGGUCGAAACGUCGGUCCUCGGCCCCAUUGACCCCGCAUCUUUGAAAAAGGACCAGGAGGAAGAAAAAUCGGCACCAUGGAUCGUUAGAAAACUAGUAGGCUCAGUGACCGGACGAAUCGUCAUGUCGUCAUACGAAACGCUACGGGCGACGGGUACCAACAUUAUUUGCCUUUCUCCUUGGGGAGAUUCAUCGCCGCUGUUUUUGCCCUGCAUACGAUUCCGUGACCUCGCCGUACACACUGUUAUAGCAGCUACAGGAGGGAUGGCAGCCGUAGCAGCUCCGGUCAUGGGACCAGUUUCGGAUGUGGUGGUUGGGUCGCUCGGUGAUACAGUUUUAGUCGAACUUGGCCUCCACGCCGGAUUUGGCCUCACCACGAAACUUGCGAACGAUCUUGUUUUCGAUAAAACUAUCAAAAAAAUAGUCCCAAUACAUUCAGACAGACUUGAAACCACCGCCGUCAAAGUGCUCCUUAUAACACUCAAGUAUAAACACACCAUGACAGACGCUGCGCUGGGGUUUUACCGUAGCUCUCUACAUUCGGAUAACUCUCUGUUUGCUGCGGUCAAAGACUAUCUAUCGGUUGAGAAAGGAUGGUUCUCACCCUACCUUUUCGCGAGCGCGCGACGACCGAUCAUUCCAAGAAACAUGAAACCUGAUAUUAUCUUCUGUCAUGGUCCAUUUUUAUCAGGUGAGCACCUAAUCCACCUCUAUGCAAUUCUCCCGUCUGUCGCAUGUGAACCUAAAGGCGAUUACAAAAUUGGAGAAACGCUGCUAAAGGAAUCAGCACAUGUAAUUGAACUAUGUGACGCACCUCCGGCCGAGCCCACUGAAGUAGAGGAGGAGGAUCAUCAUUUGAGUUUGAAGAAUCUGUCCAUCCCUUCACUUUCCACUAUGUUUAACCGGUCCAGAACGCCGUCUCCAGAGCCGGAGUUGACACCCUUGCCGAACCCUCCGAAACCGCGUCGAAUGGUUAUUCUCCUAGUGGGACUCAAACCACACCGAAAAAUGUGGACACUGAGUGCACGCCCAAGCGAAAGCGUCAUGAAUUACAUUCUUCUCAAUGGCUGUCCAGCCAUCGUAGUUCCCGUCAAACUGGGAGGGCCAUUGGUUGCGUGGGAUGGGCUAACUCUUGAACAACUCUGGGAGAUUGAUUUGCCACCCAGCGACGGAGCGCUAAGUGCAUCAGGAAAAUUCGAAGGCAUUGUUGAUGUUGUGUUUGAAUAUAUCGACCUGUGCGUCGAUUGGGAAAGGGUAAAUAUUCCGGUUGCAGAGUCGGAAACGGAACAAGAAGGUAAUUUGCAGACAGUGGUGUCGGAUCUUAAAGGCGGUGAGGCAUUGUCCCGAAAGCUACUCAAAGAUGCGGUCAUUCUACUCGUUGCUGCAGCAAUAAGAAGCAGGUCUAGUAAGGAAGCCAAGAAGGAGAUUGAUGGCGAACGAAGUGGAAUUGCUAUGUGGAGAAUACCGUAG